AUGCGAGUCCAAUUGCUUCAGGUUGCACUGUUAUUUACGGCGGCCUAUGGCCAAAUCAGUUCUAAGAUCACAACAUAUGAUCUGAGUUUCGAUGGUGCAGCUGCCGUGAGUCUGCUUUGGGGCUUAGACGGCGAGUCGACUUCAACUUAUGAUUUUUAUCUCUGUGCCGGUGACGAGACGACAGGUGCCUAUGACACUUUAUCACAAGUCAUCAACAAUCAUGCCUAUGCUCCUGGUGACGUGGUGUCAUUUCGAGUCGAUCAAAGUGUCGGUGGAAAUGAGCCUAAUGCAUACUUCUCGACCAAAGUAACGGCCGCGAUCAAGUCAAUGCAGCCGAUUCCCGCUAUCGCUAUUCCCUGGUCUGCGGUCCAAGGCGAUGAUCACCUCAUCGAGGCCGCAGAACUUACUUCAACUUUCAACAUCUCGAGUCUCGUCAAGAGUUCCUCAACGGAAGCAGCCUUGCAAUUCCCAACCCCAACCGUCGAAGGCGAAGCCGAGCACAAUGAGUUGCGCAAACGACAGGUGGCUGCUGUCGGUGGCGUUGGAGAUGGUAUAGUUGCUGCAGUUGACCAGCAUACUGUACCAUACGGUGAGCAGACUGGCUCAAUCAAAUAUGCCCCCAUGCCCAAGAGCGCUGGGACUACUGUCGCAACUAGGUCGGCUACUCCUCAAUAUCCGCCUUUCCCGUUCUCCAUUGCGACUACCUACCUAGGCGCACCAACCGUCCUGUACACGGAUACGGCUUUUGCGACGUGGACGGCGAACACCAUCGAGAACACGGUGAGUUUGAUUCUUGAAUGCUUGAUGUCAGUUGGCUUUGAAAGCUGA